GGUGCGAAGAGCAUGCCGGGGAGCAGGAGGACGAGCGCUAUGGCCCCUGCAGGAGCUGCAACUGGAGGAGAGACUUUCGGGUUGGACAAGCUCAGUUUGAGUACGGGUCAGGUCGGAGAGGGACGGGAGGAGGAUGUCGGUGCUGAAGGAGCCAGGGACUCGGUCAACUUUUUGAACUUGGGUAACGAGGAUGAAGGUUUCGUACCGGCCGGCGCGAGGGAGGCUGGCAAGAUCUCCACCUCGUCCGCCGCGCUCGACCUGGCACCUCUGGCUCAGACCAACCAGCGAUUCCCCCACCGUCCGUUUGACACCGGCUUGAAGACCUCGGAAUGGCCUCAAUUCUCUGGCGUCCCGAAGUCGGCCAACGACGCUGCUGCUGGUUCCGCCCAGGCUUCCACCGCUGCCGGAAACGUCAGCGGUCAGGUCUCGAGCAACGGCACUGGUAACAACAACAACAGUGCCCCGAACGGGACCGCUGUCAGCGCCAACGUCUCUCGACGUGAAUCUCCUACCGGUCCCAACGCCGGUGGAGCGGACAUGUCGGCCUCGAUCGCCUCGCUGCCUCCUAUGCCCAGCCGUUCCGUUCCCGGUACCCCCGGUGCGCCUUUGAACCCCGGAAAUCUCGGAGGUCUGUCGAGUUUCAGGAAAAACGGACCCCCUACUGCAGGGAUCGCUGGAGGACAGGCGCUCGAGGGUCUCUCCGCUAGUCAAAGAGGGUUCUCCAACCCGGAUUUGGCAAAGGCGUUCCAAAAGGUCGGACCUGCUGGAUUCGGCCCUCUUGCUGGAGGACCUAGGAAGCCUUAUGGCCAACCCGACCCUCUGUACGCCGGCAUGGAGGCACCCGGAAUCGCUCCGUUGGGUGGACACCAGUUCGGAGGUUACGAGAACUACGGGUUCGACGAUGACAACUUUGGUUCGGGUGCGCUUUACCCUGGAGGCGGGAUGGGUAUGCGAUCGAAGAAGGCCGACAUGGAGCGAGAGUACAACCGAUUUGCCGGGAUGCGAUUGGAGGAUCUGCAAGGCGAGAUCUUGUCCCUCUCUAAGGACCAGCACGGGUGUCGUUACCUGCAGAAGAAGCUGGAAGAGGAGGCUCCCGAGCACAGGGAUAUGAUCUUUAGGGAAACUUACGGUCACUUCCCGGAGCUCAUGACCGACCCCUUCGGCAACUACCUCUGUCAAAAGCUCUUGGAGUACUCGACCGAGGAGCAGCGCAACGUCAUCUGCGAAUCGGUUGCUAACGAUCUCGUUGGCAUCUCGUUGAACAUGCACGGUACCAGGGCCGUCCAGAAGAUGAUCGACUUCCUCAGCAACCCUAGGCAGCCUAACCAGAUCAGGAGCAUCAUCCUUGCCCUUAGCUUGAACGUUGUGGCCUUGAUCAAGGAUUUGAACGGGAACCACGUCAUCCAGAAGUGUCUGAACCGACUGAUCCCGGAGGACAACCAGUUCAUUUACAACGCCGUUGCCGCUCAUUGCGUCGAGGUUGCUACCCAUCGACACGGAUGUUGCGUCCUCCAGCGAUGCAUCGACCACGCUACCGACUCGCAGCGUGUGCAGCUCGUCACCGAAAUCACCUUCCACGCGUUGACUCUGGUACAGGACCCCUUCGGAAACUACGUCGUCCAAUACGUCUUGGACUUGAACGACGUCCGAUUCAGCGAGCCUUUGAUCCGUCAAUUCGUCGGCAACGUCUGUGUCUUGUCCGUGCAAAAGUUCAGCUCCAACGUCAUUGAGAAGUGCAUCCGUGUGGCCGACCCCGAGCUCCGAAAGAUCUUGGUCGCCGAGCUCUUGAGCCGAGGCCGACUGGAGAAGCUUUUGCGCGACUCGUUUGCCAACUAUGUCGUCCAGACUGCUUUGGACUAUGCUGACCCCGCUCAACGAAUGGCUCUUGUCGACCACAUCCGACCCAUCUUGCCCAUGAUCCGCAACACGCCUUACGGCAAGCGAAUUCAGUCCAAGCUGCAGCGUGAACAACACGGUCACCAGGAUCACUACGGUGGUGGUGGUCCGGGCAGCGCGGGCGGUAACAACGGUGGCGGUGGUGGCGGUUACCAGGGACAACAGGGUAUGAUGAACCUGGGCAUGAACAACUACGGCAACGGGUAUGGGCACGGCGGUCACGGUGGACACGGUGGCAACCACGGCAACCACGGCGGUCGAGGGGGUCACUACUCUCACCCCCGCCACAUGGGCGGUCACCCC